AUGGCACCGAAGUAUGUGAGUGACUGUGUGAAAAUACUGCUGGGAUUAACGGUUUUGCUGAUGUUUGUGUUUUCAACAUCCGGCACGAAGCAGUGUACACUUAAGACGAUUGAGAGGGACGAUUAUGUCAUCAGGAACGUUGGCAUCAAGCUGUGUCAGCUUAAAUGUGCUGAAAAUGGUCAAUGUUUGAGUAUUGAAUACAAUGUUGAGACUUUAACCUGCCGUUUAUCAAGAGCUGAAUCAAAGAAGAUCAAGAAGAAGGAAGGAUAUGUCAUUCUUGCAAGGGAUCAUUCACAUCAAAAUCCAAAGUCAAUCGUCACUGAGAUGAACGGUGAAAAGCAAAACGAACCUGAGGAAUCUCCACAACACGUCGACAAGCAGGAAACAUUCGUCAACAGGCCACUUCACGAGGCCUGCAGGAAGGGGGACCUGAACCGUGUGAAACACAUCCUGUCCCAGGAUUUGGUCGACAUCAACAGCAGAGACGAGAAGCAGGGAAGGACACCACUCAUGGUGGCAGCACAGGAAGGACAUUGCAGAAUAUUUAAAUUUCUUAUCAGAAGAGGGGCUAAUAUGUCAGAAGUGGAUAAUAACGGCACCAACGUCCUGCACUGGGCAUGCAAGGGUGGACAUGUGGAUAUGUUUGAGUGUGUGCUCCGGCAAUACGGUAUUUUGAUGAAUGUGCAAACGUCUCCUCUUAUACAGGCUGCACUUAAAGGAAACAGGGACAUUAUUGAGUUUCUCGUGUCUACGGGAAGUAAUGUGUCACAAGUUGAUGACGCAAACAACACCGUCCUGCACUGGGCCUGCUUAGGCGGAUACAUGGCUGUGGUGAAGUAUCUAGUUCCUCAAGGCAGUGUUGAUAUUAACAGUAGAAAUAAAGACGGACUGACCCCUUUGAUGACGACUGUAAUAAAAGGUAAGGAAGACGUGUUUGACUUCCUCGUGAGGAUGGGAGCUAAUGCGUCACGUGUGGAUGUUCAUGGACGCAAUAUCCUUCAUCUGGCCUCUUUAGGUGGACCUGUGGAGAUGGUGAGGCAUAUCCUAGGGCAGAACCUGGUCGACAUUAACGUCAGGGACAAAGAUGGGAACACGGCAGCCAUGACAGCAAAGCGUAAAAGCGCACAUAACUCGUAUAACCUUCUUGUUUCACGGGGUUGUCCAGUGAAAUAA